AUGCUCAACAGCAAGCUCCGCACUCUGGACAUGAAGUCGCGAAUGCGCGACGCUUUUGCCGAGCCCUCCUAUAUUGCCACGGAGCACUACCACAAGACGGGCUGCUGUCAGUAUAUUGCUCGCUCCCACUGGUUCGAGCAUUCGAUCAUGUUCAUCAUUCUGUUGAACUCUGUUUGGAUUGGCAUUGAGUCCACCAUCAAUGAGUCUGCGCUGCUCAUCAAUGCUGAUCCCGGCAUCAUCAUCGUGGAAAACCUGCUCUGCUUGGCGUUCACAGUUGAGAUCAUAAUCCGUUUCAUGGCUUUCAAGCACAAAUGUCGGGCCAUCCGGGACUUCUGGUUUAUCUUUGACUUCCUGCUGGCUUUCUUCAUGGUCUUGGAGACCUGGGUCCUGUUCAUCGUUCUGAGCUUCACCGACAUUAAUAUGAUCUUUUUCGAUUCCUCUAUUCUUCGGAUGCUUCGGCUUCUUCGGCUGACGCGCGUCGCCCGUGUUGCCCGCAUGCUCCGCUUCCUCCCAGAAGUGCUGAUUCUGGUUCGCGCCAUCGGAGCAGCCAUACGCUCCGUAAUUCUCACGGUACUACUUGGCCUCAUGAUCGUCUAUGUCUUUGCCAUUGCUCUGACUCAGAUAGCUGUAGACACGCCAGCUGGAAACGCCUACUUCAGCACACUACCGCAGGCCAUGUUCAGCCUGAUCUUUAAUGGCUGCUUCAACAACGACCUUGCUUCAAUGGCUCGCCUAGCCUUUCAGGAUGACCUCGUCGUCGCAGCCCUGUUUGCAUGUUUCAUUGUCAGCGCGCCGCUGACGGUCAUGAACCUACUUGUCGGUGUGCUGGUAGAAGUGGUGCGUGUUGUGGCCACCGCUGAGCAAGAAGGCCGGGUCGUGCGCAACCUGAAGGAGGAGUUGCACUGGGCAAAGGAGGCCCUGGGAACCGAGGGUGAUACGAUCAGCCAGGAGGAAUUCAUCAUGCUCCUCCAGAACGACCAGGCGAUCGACGUCCUGCAGGAUGUGGGCGUAGAUCUCAUCGCUCUUGUCAAGGAUCCCAACAUCAUUUUUGACGGCGAGCCGAUCAUCUACUUCCAGGACUUCCUGGAUGAAAUCCUUCUCUUGCGCGGGUCAAAUGCCGCUACCGUCAAGGAUUUGACAGUGCUGAAGAGCCAGGUGACGCACGACCUGACCCAAGUCAUCAAACGUAAGAUGAAACUUGCGGUGUAG